AUGCCUGAUAAACAUAAAUUAAAAUUAUUUACAAAACAUCAUAAACAUCAUAAUGCUGAAGGUAGUGAAUUAUCACCAUCAACUUCAAACCAUUCAACAGGUAGAAAAUUCCUAGGUUUUAAUAUUGGUAAACAUGAUUCAAUGGAAAGUUUAAAUAGUCCAAGUGGAACAAAUUCUCCUGAUACAGUUAAUCAAUUAAAUCAUAAUAAUUUAAAUAAUCAUUUAUCAAAUUUGCAUCAACAUAAUAAAACUUCAAAUACUUCACCAAGUCCUUCAACUACUCCAAUAAUUCAUAGUCCAAUAGCUGGCCAACCUCAUCAAUCUUCAAAUUUACUACAUUCUGAUGAAACAACAAAAAAGCCUUCUGGAUCAAUGGUUGAAUUAAAAAGAUUUUUUAAACCAACUAAAAAAUUAUCAAAUCAAAAAAAUAAUGGACAAUAUUCAAAUAAUUUACAUUCUCCACCUCCAAUAGCUAAUUCAAAUAAUUUAUCAGUUCAACCUCCUCAUCAUCCCCAUCAACCACAACCAACAGGAACAAUUUCACCUUCAAGUAAUGCACCAUCACGAGAACAUUCGAGUACAUCAUUAGCUAAUAUGAUUAAUCAAACAUCAACACAAUUAUUACAAAAUGCAUCACAUUCAACAAAUUCAAAUAGAGAUCCUUUCACUGAUGAUAAUUCACCAUUAGUUAAAAAAUAUGGUAAAAUAGGUAAAGAAUUAGGUAGUGGAGCUGGUGGAUCAGUUAAAUUAAUAACAAGACCAUCUGAUCAAAAAACUUUUGCAGUAAAAGAAUUUAGAGCUCGAAGGUCAACAGAAACUUUAAGGGAUUAUACAAGAAAAUGUACUGCAGAAUAUUGUAUAGGAUCAACUUUAAAACAUCCAAACAUUAUAAAAACAAUAGAUAUAAUUCAUGAAAAUAAUCGAUAUUUUGAAAUUAUGGAAUAUGCACCAAUUGAUUUUUUUGCAGUUGUAAUGAGUGGAGAAAUGUCAAGAGCUGAAAUAAAUUGUUGUUUAAAACAAAUUUUGGAAGGUGUUAAUUAUUUACAUAGCUUGGGGUUAGCUCAUAGAGAUUUGAAAUUAGAUAAUUGUGUUAUCACAAUGGAUGGGAUACUAAAAAUUAUAGAUUUUGGUUCAGCAGUUAUCUUUAAAUAUCCUUAUGAUCAAUUUGGUAAUUCAAAAGACAGUAUACAUCCAUGUCAUGGAAUUGUUGGAAGUGAUCCAUAUUUAGCACCAGAAGUUUUAAAAUCUCCUAAUUCUUAUAAUCCACAACCAGUUGAUUUAUGGUCGAUAGCAAUAAUAUAUUGUUGUAUGACAUUAAAAAGAUUUCCUUGGAAAAUCCCAAAUCCUGAAAAAGAUAAUAGUUUUAAAUUGUAUUGUAUGCCAGAUGAUAAUUUUCAUGAUUAUUAUUUAAGUAAUGAAUGUCAUAAAUUAUUAUUACAACAAAGAAAAUUGAAAAAUAUGAUUGUUAGAUCAAAUAAGAAAAAGAAAUUAAUAGAAGAUAAUGAAGUUGAAGAAAUUAAAGAUAUUAAUAAUGAAGAAAAUCAAAAAGAUGAAGAUGAAAUCAUGAAUGAUAUUCAAAAAAUUGAAUCUAAAACUGAUAAAUUAAUGGAAUUUGAAAUUUUAAAUGAAGAACAAGAAACUGAAGUACUCGUUCAAUUAAAAGAAAUUGAUCAAAAAUUAGAAUAUUACGAAAAUAAAAAAAAUGAUUUAAAAACUCAUUUUUUAGAAAUAAGAAAAUCAGAUUCAAAUUAUUUAAAACUUGUGGCACAACAAGAAGAAGAAGAAAAACAAAAACAAAAACAAGCCGAAAUUGAAAAAGAUUCUAAUUCACAAUCAACUAAAAAGAAAUCUUCAUCUCAUAAACAAAUUCAUGGACCUUAUAGAUUAAUGAGAUUAUUACCUCAUGCAUCAAGACCAAUUAUAAAUAAAAUGUUACAAAUAGAUCCUCGAAAAAGAGCUUCAUUAGAAGAAAUAAUGAAUGAUGAAUGGAUAAAAGAAAUUCAAUGUUGUACUCUAAAAAGAAUUACAAGAAGUGCUGAUAAUAUUGGUGCAAAUUUUGAUGAAGAUGAUGAAGAAAUCUUGGUAAAAGGUAUACCACCACAUGAUCAUACUGUUGUAUUAGAAUAA